AUGCAGACAGACCAUAAAGACUCAAGUAUAAAGUCAGCCUUCAUCUCGCCUGGCCAGGACAGUCUUAUCUACCCCUUUAUCAAGUCAAGACAAGAAGACCCGUCGACUACAACCAAGAUGCGCGUUUCCUGCUUCCUCACUCUUCUCUCCACCGCCUUCGUGGCCGCCGCUCCUGGCACUGUUCCCGCUGCCGACGCCGAGUCAUAUAUCAUUACGGGCCCGCUCCCUUAUGAGGAACUUAAGGCCGAGGUCGCCAAUCUCAAGAACACCGACGAGUCCAACGCCGCAAGAAGUCUCGACAAGCGCAUCUGCUUGGGCGUCUACCUGUGUGACGGCACCAAUUUCACGGGCGAAUGUUACUACGCCUGCUAUCCCGUUGGCAAAGGCAUCUAUCCCGACUCGUACUGGGUUAGCCGUAUUACUUCUGUUGGACCGGACCAGGGAGGCCAAUGUGACUUCUAUGCCGCCGGCGCCAACAGUGAUCCCACAAAAGGCCGUCACCAGAUCUUCCGCUACCCUGGCGGCAAUCUUGCUUCAGGCAUUGACAACAACAUGGGCUGCUUCUAUUGCAACCCCGUCUAA